UCACACGACAGAUACGAGCCUGCAACGCCGGCUGGCAAGUGCAACGGACAGAUCUUCGAAUCAUGCCGCCUCGCAUCGGGGGUGUAGCGCCUAAAUGUGCGAAAUGCGACAAGUCAGUGUACGCGGCCGAGCAAGUCAUUGGUCCGGCUUCCAAGAUUUAUCAUAAGCCCUGCUUGGCAUGCACAAUAUGCGGUCGACGGCUCGAUUCAUCUCUCCUCGUCGAUCACGAGGGGCAGCCGAUGUGCACCAACUGCUACAAGGCGCAUCUCGGCCAAGGCAAAGGAGGUUUUUCCACCUCUGUACCGCUUCGCCCGGCAAUCAAGGCCACCUUAGACUCCUCCUACACCCGGUCGCCACCUAAGACGGCUUUUGGCGGCAAGGCCUCGACAGCACCGAGCGGAACUCCAUUGUGCGCUCGAUGCGCAAAACCUGUUUAUUUUGCCGAACAAAAGCAGGCGGCCAACCGGAAGUGGCAUCGCGGUUGCUUGCGCUGUGAUGGUUGCUCCUCCACCCUCGACUCGGGCAGGCUUGAGGAGGGGCCGGCCGAAGCAGCCAAUGGCGCUGAUGUGCAGUGCAACAUAUGGUGCAGAACAUGUUACGCCAAAAGAUUCGGACCCAAGGGUAUCGGUGUAGCUGGGAUGUCAUUGCCUGAGAUGCAGAGGUAGACCUAUUCUGCACUCUCAUGUCCUCCUUCUCUUGUGAAUGUGCUUGUAUUAUUCGACCCCCUCCUUGGCUCUGCUAUCGCCCUGCUUUGACCCUUCCUCUUUGCGCAAUACAGCCGAUCUCGACUGGUUCCUCUUGGCAAUCACACGCUGUGUCCUUUCCCUUUCGGCUUC